AUGGCUAGAGAGCUGGAUCUGGUCUUCAAGCGAGCUACACGAGGGGAGGAGCCUCCACCUAGUGUAUGCUGCUUCCCGACACUAGAGGCGCGUCUUUUCGGUGCCAUCCAGGGAAGCGAGAGAUUCAUCCGUCUCAGGCAGGCAAUGGAAAUCCGGCGACCAAGUGGUGAUAACCGAACUCGCACUUUAUGGCUGAGCAAGGGGACGACUCGUGGCCUAGCCGCUAUCGCCAAGGAGCUUGGAGUCCCAACGGAGGUUGUCAUAUUAGCAGUUGUUUUGAUAAGCCUCGGACGUUCACUGGAGUGGGACUGCAUACCGUUGAGCCUUAUGCGAACCAACCGAGACGAGACUGCAGAACAAUCACAUAUGUUUGGCUUCUUCGCCGAAUACGCAGACCUCGGUUUGAUACCUUGUGACUCCAACGCCUCACUCUUCGGCGUGAUUGCCCAGUUACAGGGUCGCAUCCUGGAGAACGUCAAUUACACAACUGGUUCUGGACUUUACUCCACGUCACUGGGAGAUCGUCCGUGGACUCGAAAAUGUUUUCCUAUAACCGUGAAUUUAAUAACCAGUCUUCCACAGAUGGCAGAUCUCUGUGUGCGACAUGUAUCUUCAUACGAUCGAAUCGAGCGGAAUGGUGAAGCUGAUGGCCGAGGCAUGCGGCCUAUUCAUCUGUAUAUCGAAGAAUCACGAUACGUGUCCACGAGCGAUACAGAUUGGGGCAUUCGUAUGAUGCUUGACUGGGAGUGGUUUCCUUGUUCGUGGCUAGUCAACUAUGCCGAGAAAAGUCUGCCUACCGUAAUUCAGCAGCUCUUCGACCGGAAAGCACAUCGCCAAUGGGCAAAUGAAUAUUUCCCUGGUAGGGAGUGAGUUCAAUGAAAAUGGUGCUUGUGAGUGAUGUAUGUUUCU